AUGAAUUUUAACGCACAUGAAUCGGAGCUCUUAAAAAAUACAAAAAAAUUAAUUCAAGAAACAUUACCAAAAUUUUUAAAAGCAUUUUCGCUAGAGGGUUCAAAUCCAUUGAGGGAUAUUACAUUUUUUGAAAAAUCACAUCUUAAUCAAUUCGUAUAUCCUAUAAUUGAUUCAGCACUAUGGAUUUUUGCUAAAAUUAAUUACAUAUAUAGAGAAAUACCUUUGAAAGAUCUUGAGUUCAAAAUACGAACCAAUGGAGUGGGAUUUCUAAACGAUGUUGUGAACUACCUGAUAGUUUGUGGCAGCAUGGCAGCAUUAUAUAAUAAUAUUAUUAUAGAAGAAGCUGAUGCACGCUGA